ACCCGCGCUUAUUUUUUCCCCCUUGAAUUAUUCCGCGGAAACUACAAGUCAAGACAAAAAUAAUAAUCUGUAUAAUAAUGUAUAAUAAUAACUGUAUGAAAAUAAACUAGAAAUUUCCAGAAAAUUCAACGCCCGCAUCUUUGACGUCUCGCAUCGCGCCAUUAAUUAAUAAUAAUUAAUAAAAAUCCGGGGUAAUUCAAUAUUAUAGUGAUAUUUAAUCAUGGGAAUUGAAGGACUUAUGUCCGGGCAUUUGUUAUAAAAUAUUCUGAAUGUUAAGUGCACAGUCGUCGGUUUGCGAAUUUCAAUGACUGUUCGAUUUUCUUUUAUGAAUUUUAAUUUAUUUGUAUUUACUGUUCAAAUAUGAAAUGAGUGAUUGUUCUUGGGGUCUCGAAUAAAUCUUGAAUAAUCACUUUGGAAUUGAAUAAAAUAAAAUACUGAAUCGGUGUAAAAAAAAUGAGGUUUCAUUUAAAAUGUGAAAAUUGGCGUGCGUGAUUUUCAAAGUGAUUGAAAGUAAAUAUUGGGUGAGAAUUCCCGAUGUAAACCGAGUGAACAUGUGAGGCUGGAUAUUACUGAAAUUGCAAUGAGGGACACGAGAAAGAGACACCUCUGAGGAACAACUGUCCGUCAUUUUGAGUGACAAUCAUGAUAUUGAAUUGGUACCAGCAGCAAUGAUAAACGGGACCAUCUCGUCUCUAAAUAGCGAGAUGGAAGCAGCUCUGAAUGUCACAAUAACUGGUAAAAAUUGGAGUGAGGAGAAUCUAACAACGAAUCAACACGACGCAUACCCCUGCGAUGAAUUUCUACCAUCAACCAGUAUCUUAGCAGCGACAUGGUUCCAGACAAUGCUCUAUGUACUGUACGGUACAAUAUUCGUUGUAGCAUUAUUUGGUAAUGCCCUGGUAUGUUACGUUGUAUGGAGCAGUCCACCAAUGAAAACAGUAACAAACUACUUUAUUGUUAAUCUUGCCUUUGGGGAUAUACUCAUGGCUGUAUUCUGUGUACCAACGAGCUUUGUCAGUACACUUAUUCUCCAGUACUGGCCAUUUGGCUCGGAGAUGUGUCCCAGUGUCAAUUAUUCCCAGGCUGUUUCGGUUCUCGUGAGUGCUUACACUCUCGUGACCAUCAGCAUUGAUCGAUACGUUGCGAUUAUGUGGCCCUUGAAGCCACGAAUGAAUAAGGGACAGGCGAAAUUAUUGAUCUUGGCUGUUUGGUUAUUAGCCUUGACGGUUUCGUCGCCGAUUGCUGUUGUUUCCCGGUUGUUGCAGCCCAAUGACAAAUACAAAAUGUGCAAUCAGUUUAUUUGUCAGGAGUAUUGGCCGUCGGCGCAUCAGAGGUAUUAUUACUCAAUAGCGUUGCUGGUCCUUCAGUACCUGGUCCCCUUGGUGGUCCUUAUGUUUACCUACAGCAGCAUCGCCAUCAGGGUGUGGGGAAAACGACCCCCUGGCGAGGCCGAAAACACGAGGGAUCGGAAAAUGGCGAAAUCCAAACGAAAGAUGAUAAAAAUGAUGAUGACAGUGGUUAUCGCGUUCACGAUCUGCUGGUUACCCUUCAAUGUUCUCACGCUGGUGCUGGACAAUAAUGAGAGCAUAAAUAGCUGGAGAGGAUUGCCAUUCGCUUGGACAGCCCUCCACUGGCUCUCAAUGUCCCAUUCCUGUUACAAUCCUGUUAUUUAUUGCUGGAUGAGUGGCAAAUUUCGAUUGGGAUUUAUAAAGGCCCUGGGACGAAUACCCGGACUCAGGAAAUUAUUGCCAGAUCGAAGACUAGCCGCUUACAACACUAGCACUGCAGGAGUGCCACUCACGGGUUUCGACGGGGCUAAUUGCACGGGACUUCGUAGAAUGAACACCUGUACAACUUACGUCAGUGUAAGAAGAAAAACAGAUGUAUGUCAUGGAAUGCCAGUGAGAAGUGCCAGUUUCCGGCAUUGCGAGCCCGCGAGAUCGAAUCAGCACCGAAUUUUCAUGAAACUCGAGGGUCAAGCCGAAGACCAGAUCUAACUAAUUUUCUUUCGCUCUCAAGACCUCUAAUUCCUUAUCGCAAUUUUAAUUUUCCCGCAAUAAUUUUCAAUUUUUUUUAUUCCCAUGUCUUAUUUUUUCAGGAAUAACCAAAAAUAUUGUUUUGAAUAAGAAUAAACAUUUUCGUUUGGCACUUCGCGAUUUUAUUCUCUGAAUUCAUUAUCAACAAUUAAAAUAUAACAUUCAUUAAAAAGAGAUGUAAAAUUUUCUCAAUUACAAAUUCCAAAGGCUCAUCACAGGAAAGUCUGAUAAUUCAUUUGAAGAACAGAGAAUAAUAUGUGAGUGAAAUAUUCAAUGUUGAUCUCACAGUUUAACAAUUAAGACUGGACAAUCUUAAUGAUUGCAAUUUAACUAUUUAUAAAUGUCAAAAAAAUGUUAAAUGUUGGAGUUCAAUUGGAAGAUCCAAUUUUCAAGAAACAUCUGUAUAUAAUACUAUACGAGCCCAAAGAACAAAAAAAAAUCCCACAAA